AUGUUAAUAUUGGGCCUGGGAUGUUACUCGGGAGUUAAAUUGUAUAAGGAAACUAUUUGUGGUAAAGACAACUGCUGCAAGUAUGAAUUGACGUUGACUCUCAUCACGGGAAAUAGUACGGGACCGGCGCUUAACGAUCACAUUUGGGCGGACCGUUUCACGAUCCCGUGGCUGUUACGAGCUCACGACUCUCUCAUCGAGGAUCCAGCACCCAGCGAGGAGGAUCCACACACACAGACAUAG